CAGAGGGAGGAGAAGACGACAGCCUCCACGUGGCCUCCUCUGCAAGUAGCAAGAAAUGGUGCAAGACCAACUUGUGAAACGAAUGUCGUCAACCAAACGUCGAGCUCGUCGAGCUCGUCGAGCUCGAGCUGGCAGGCUCAGGACCGGCGGACGGGCAGUCAUCCCGACCGUCGAAAACCGAGGCCUGUCAGUUCUUCAACUCAAUGUCGAGGGCCUAACAACCGCCAAACUCGAAGUCCUGCGUCACCUGGCUGACUCCAACGAGGCAGCGGUUCUGCUCCUGCAGGAGACACACUGCACAUCCGACAACAUCCUCAAGAUCCCUGGGUUCCAUCUUGCUGGGUCCAUCUACAGCAAGCAACACGGUGUGGCAACGUUCGUCAGGUCUGAAUUAAGCUGGUCAGCCAGCAGCCAAUCCCCACCAGGCUCUAACAUCGAGUGGCUGGUUACAAAAAUCCAGGAAACAUCAGUCGUCAACGUAUACAAACCCCCACCAUCGGAGCUGUCCGUGACAUCACUCCCAUCAACAACUGCACCUGCCAUCUAUGCAGGCGACUUCAACUGUCAGCACACAGACUGGGGUUACAACCACACAACACCUAAUGGAGUGGCGCUGAGUGAAUGGGCCUCCAACACUGAUGCUCUGCUGCUGUACGACCCCAAGGAGCCUCCAACGUUCUUCUCUGCACGCUGGAACACCUCCACCAACCCGGACCUGGCCUUCGCCAUCUGCCACAGUAACGACCCAAAACCGGAGAGACGCAUCCUGAAUAGGUUUCCCCGAUCACAUCACCGGCCAUCCAUCAUUAAAGUUCCAGCACUGGUGGAACCGGUACCAGGGAAACCCGUCAAGCGAUGGAACUUCCGAAAGGCCAACUGGGAGUCGUAUGCUGAGGAGACUGAAAGAAGGUCAGCUGGCCUGCCAGACCCAGACACAGCCGAUCUGGAUGCGGCCUAUGCAGCCUACUGCCAGGUCCUCCUGGGUGCGGCAAAGAAGACCAUCCCACGGGGCUAUAACAGGAACUACAUCCCGGGUUGGGACAAGGAAUGCAGCCGCCUUCUGUGCGAUCACCAGAGGACUAUCUCCAGAGAAGAGGUGGACAUGACUGCAGCAGCACUACUCCAGAAGCUGGAUAUCACUCGUAGGGCCAGAUGGACGGAAGUUGUCGAAUCUAUCGACUUCACCCAUUCUAGUCGCAAGGCGUGGCAGACCAUCAACCAGCUCACAGGCAGAAAUACAACACCCCACAGCUGCCCAGUCACAGCAAAUGCCAUUGCAUCCCAUCUCCUGAAGAACGGCCGCUUCCCGGAUGCUGACAAAGUUUUUGCCCGACUGAUAUCGUGUGAGGUGUCUGGCCUCUCGGGAGCGGCCAGUGUCGAUUCCAACCUCUCGGGAGAAUUCACAGCAGAGGAACUCAGUGAGGCCUUGAGCAAGCUCAAGCCAGGCAAAUCCCCUGGCCGUGACAACAUCCACCCAGAGUUUGUCAUCCACCAGAGCACAACAACAUCUGGUUGGCUCUGUGCUUUCUUUACAUCAUGCUACCGGAGAUUAAAGCUCCCAAAGACGUGGCGCCGUGCCUCUGUCAUAGCUCUGCCGAAGCCAAAUAAACCUGCAGAAGAUCCUAAGUCAUACAGACCAAUCUCGCUGCUCUGUGUCCCAUUUAAGAUCUUGGAGAAGAUGUUCCAUAGCCGCAUCGAGCCAGUGGUGGACUCACAGCUCCCACGGGAACAAGCUGGUUUCCGUUGUGGAAGAUCAACAGCAGACCAGGUGGUGGAUGAACUUGAUGAGAAGAUGACGCAUGGAGGUGUAAUCGUAGACUAUCAUGGCUGUGACCUAUUCCCCGAACGCUGGUUUCACGUUGUUUUUGUCCUCAGAACAGACAAUACUCAUCUGUACACACGGCUCGAAAGCAGAGGCUACACAGGAAAGAAGCUGCAGGACAACAUGCAGUGUGAAAUCUUUCAGACUAUUUAUGAGGAGGCAAGUGAGGCCUACAAAAAGGAGCUUAUCCACCAGCUACCCAGCAACACUCCUGACGACCUGGAAAGUAACUUGGAACAGAUAGUACAGUGGACUAAGCAAUGGAUAAAAGACCACAAUUAGAGCAGAGAAAAGUGCUGCCUGGAUGACUGGAAAUAAAAUGUUUGAACACAAGUUGUACCCAUUUUCAACCAUUUUUAUUAACCCAUUCAACCCUAAGUUAUUUCUCAAACAUCACCCCCUCCAUGACAUUGUGCGGUCCCUGAGCAGCUCCUUUAGCAGCAGACUGUUACACCCACGGUGUAGGAAGGAAAGAUUACGCAGGUCCUUCAUUCCCACUGCUGUCAGACUCUACAACAUGCUGUUCUUCAAUGCCUGAUAAAAUUGUCUUUCGUCUCUACCGCUA